UUGAGACUUAAAACCAAUAGUUUUAUAUUUUUCAGUACAUUGAACGCAGUAUUAGCAGCACUGGGCCUUUCUGCGGCUUCUUGGUUCGCUUACAAAGGGUUCACAUUAAUUGUAGACUGAGAAAUCGUAAGAAUAAACAGAAUUUACGCUAGUAUGACUAUUAUCCUAGACUGAAUAAGCCUCUCCUUCCUAUCGGCCGUUGUGCUUAUUACAAGAGCUAUCUCUGCUUAUUCUUUGUAUUAUAUAAAAGAAGACCCCAAUAAAUCUCGAUUCAUCAUAUUACUGAUACUGUUUGUAGCUUCCAUACUUUGCUUAAUCAUCAGACCUAACUUAGUCAGCUUGCUACUCGGAUGAGACGGGCUAGGCCUCACAUCCUAUGCUUUAGUAAUUUACUACCAAAACGAAAGUGCCUGUAAUGCGGGGAUACUAACAGUUCUGAGCAACCGAAUCGGUGAUGUGUGCAUUCUACUUGCAAUUGCACUUUUCAGUUACGCAGGGUCAUGACUGUUCUUCUCGAUAGAUGCUGUGAGUCUCCCUUUUAUCGGCUUUUUUGUAGGCCUGGCGGGCAUGACUAAAAGAGCACAGGUACCCUUUUCGGCUUGAUUGCCCGCUGCUAUAGCUGCGCCCACUCCAGUGUCUGCGCUAGUUCACUCUUCAACUCUAGUAACCGCAGGUGUUUACCUGCUGAUUCGGUUCCACCAUCUUUUAAAGGAUACUUUGAUUUUACAGUUAUUGCUCGUGGCAGCUCUUUUAACGACGGUCAUAGCAGGCUGGGGGGCUAAUUUCGAGGUAGACUUAAAAAAAAUCGUGGCCUUAUCUACCUUGAGUCAACUAGGGCUGAUAAUAAUAACCCUAAGAGUUGGCAUAAAGACCAUUGCCUUUUUUCAUAUAAUCUCACACGCUAUAUUUAAAUCUACCCUAUUCAUAGCAGCGGGUGUCAUAAUCCAUAUGUCUAACGGCACUCAAGACUCGCGAUUUAUGAGAUCCUUGCACCACAGCUCGCCUCUUCUAAUAGGGGCGUUUUCUGUUAUAAAUAUGUCUUUACUGGGAUUUCCUUUUUUAUCUGGGUUUUAUUCUAAGGAUUUAGCCAUAGAAUUAACUUUCUAUGCUCUACCUAAUAUCUGACUCCUAGCCCUAGUCCUAGUAGCUGCAGGUUUGACUGUUGCCUACAGAUUACGAGCAAUGCUUUUGGCUAUGACUAGUGUUUCUAACACCCAAAGAACUGCUUCUCUUCACGACAGGGACAAUGUAGUUAUAGUUAGAACUUCUGCUGUUCUUCUUAUAGGACUAACAUCAGGGUAUUUUUUUUACUGGGUCUUUUUAUGGUCCCCCCACGCAGUAAUCCUACCCUCUUUAAUAAAGUACAGAGUUCUAGUAGCAAUGUUAAUAAGAGGAGUGUUGGCCCCUUUAAUACUGAAACCACACAAAGUACUUGGCCUCACUUUAGUUAAAAGCCUGAUUAUAAUGAGAGGCUCUAGAAAAAUAUGAUUUUUACCUUUUUUAUCUACCAAGUACACCACUCUUGCAACAAUAAAAGUAAGAGCAGCCUCUUCAGAGCUUUUAGACAAAGGCUGGCUAGAAAUAUACCCGCCACAAAAAGGAAGAAGAGUAUUUGCUGAGCUCAGCCAAUGAACUAAAAAAAGGCAGGCCACGCUCUUAGUUAGAGCUUACUUAAUAACUUCUUUAAUGGCUCUAACCUUUAUUCUGUUGAUUU